UAGGGUCUCCAGCUGGUGGAAUUCAAAAUUCCAUUGGUUCUGUUGGAACAGGCCAGCAGAAUACUCCAUCACUAAGUAAUCCUAAUCCGAUUGACCCCAGCUCCAUGCAACGAGCCUACGCUGCCCUCGGACUGCCAUAUGGCAACCAGCCGCAAACACAGUUGCAGCCCCAGGUACAAGGCCAACAACCAGCACAGCCUCAGGCUCACCAGCAAAUGAGGACCAUUAAUGCACUGGGAGCCAACCAGAUGAACCUUCCCACAGGAGGAAUAACAACAGACCAGCAAGCUAGUCUAAUUUCUGAAACAGCUCUUCCAACAUCCCUUGGGACAAAUAAGUAAUGCAUAUAUUUUCAUUCUUGCUCAAUUAAUCAUUCG